CUUCAAGAUGCUUUUCCAACAAUCGAUCAAAAAUACAUAAAUGCCGUAUUAAUUGCAAGCUCAGGCAAUUUGGAUUCAGCCUUUAGCGCUUUGUUAUAUCUAAGCGAUCCCAAUUUCAAAAUUGAUUUGCCCACUCCAAAGAAUCAAUCGCUAAAUUUACCAUCAAAUGAUCAGUUCAAGAAAAUGAAUCAGUUAGAACAAGACGAAUUGUUGGCGAAAAGAUUAGCAAAACAGUUUGAAAUGGAAUCUACUCAAUCAAAUAGAUCUCACCAAUCAAGACAUAAAUCAAGUAAACCCCCAAACCAAAACGAGAGAAAUAAAAAAAAUAAAUCAGAAUACUAUGACGGAGAUUCUGAUUCUGAUGACCCAUUCACCACUUUUAUAGACGAGGACUUGCCUCAGAUCAAAAAAGAAAUCGCAAAGGGUUUUGAAGAAACUAAAUUAAAAGUUAACAAUUGGGUAUCUGAAUUAACUAAAAAAUUCAAUCAAAAUGAAAACGAUAAUAACACUAAU